AUGUCAAAUGAGCUCGUUUACUGCCGAGAACAACGCAUGUGGACAAACCCUUCUCCAUCUGGUGGCACGAGGAAGUGCCAUCAUAGCGGAGCUGUUGAGGUUAUCCAGCAAUGUGCCGGCCGUGUUCUAUCUCAACAACAAAGUUGAUGUCGACAGGUACGGUCCGCUAUUAUCAGACUUCUCCUACUUUACCUCUGUAGAAGCAUUCAACAACAAACUAGAUGCAAACGGAGACUUACAGGACAGAGACGAGGAAUUCAGAGAAAACCACCUCGGUCUACUCAAGAGGUUCUAUAAGGUGUUCGAGAGUGUCUACAAGUAUAUCUGCGAUAUCAACAGGUUUAUGGAGGAGUUGGAAGAGGGUAUCUACAUACAACAGUCACUGGAGACUGUCUUCAUGGAUACUGAAGGCAAACAGUUGUUAUGUGAGAGCCUGUACCUGUACGGGGUAAUGUUGCACGUGAUCGACAUUAAAUACAACGGCACUGUCAGAGAAAGGAUCCUGGUCGCUUACCACAGAUAUAACGCAAACAAGGCAGCAGUAGACUCUCACAUAGAUGAUGUGUGUAAGUUGUUACGGAGCACAGGGGUAGGAGGAGGAGGAGCUUCACGGAGACCUGCUAACUACCCUAUAAGUUACUUCGGCAGGGUUCCUAUCAGACAGGACUUUGUUAACAUGGCUAUAGGACGACUCAGAUCAGAUGAUGUGUAUAACCAGAUGUCGAACUACCCUCUCCCGGAACACAGAUCAGUGGCCCUGUCCACCCAGGCCAGCAUGCUCUACAUCAUCCUCUACUUCGCUCCGGACAUCCUCCACAACCAGCAGGCAGUCAUGAGGGAGAUUGUAGAUAAACAUUUCCCUGAUAACUGGGUUCUGGAUGUUUACAUGGGCCUUACAGUAAACCUUGUUCUGGAAUGGGAGGGAUUUCGUGCCGCACGCACCGCACUCAACAACACGUUCGACAACGUGCGCGCGGUGUCGCGCAAGCACGUGCAAAGCAUCCCCAAACUCUGCGACAGAGCCCUCAAGCUACUUCAAGAGGGAGUGCUAGUCGAGGACUACGUUUUGGACCACAUUCCUAAGCUGAUGACGUUUCUAAGAGAGUGUAACUGUACGUUGAGAUGGAUGAUGUUACACACAGCUACCCCUCCCUCUCAAAAGAAGUGUAAACAACUUUAUGACACCGUCAUGUCUCAUAAUACACAGCUAAGUGAGGUGGUGGCACUACUUCUAAACACGGCUCAGCUGGAACUAGUGCUGAAGGACAUGUUCAAGUUCCUCCUGGACAGGAAGGAAGAGAAGUGGAACUCUUGUCAGAAGGAAACGGGGGAGCGACUCCUUGAGUUAGCUGACGUGUUCAGUGGCACGAAACCUCUUGCUAGGGUUGACAAGAACGAUAAUCUACAGGCGUGGUUCCGAGAGAUAGCAAAGCAGACGGCUGAUAUUGACUACAAUGAUCACACGAUGGCGGGAAGGAAGAUAGCCCAGCUGAUACAGGCUAUAGAGGAGGUCCAGGAGUUCCAUCAGCUGGAGAGUAACUGGCAGAUCAGGCAGUUCCUCACCGACACCAGGUCUUAUCUUCAUCAGAUGAUCCGAACAAUAAACGUAAAAGAAGAGGUGCUGAUUCAGAUUCAGAUAAUUGGAGACUUAUCCUACGCCUGGUACAUAAUAGACGACUACACCAAGUUCAUGCAGAACCUCAUCAAGAAAGACCCAGGAUUGGUUAAGAAGCUCCGAGCGACCUUCCUGAAACUGGGCUCAGCUCUGGAUCUGCCCCUGGUGAGAAUAGGAGAAGCAGGUACUGAAGACUUCAGGUCCGUCAGUGAGUGCUACAGCAAAGCUCUGGUAUCCUACGUCAGGAAAGUUCUCCAAAUCAUCCCCCAGUCCAUGUUCUCGUUGCUGGAGGAGAUUGUUAAAGUUCUGACUCAUGACAUGGUGGAGGUUCCUACCAGACUUGACAAGGACAAGCUGAAGGACUACGCUCAGCUCAAUGAGCGGUACAAGGUUGCUAAACUUACCCACGCUAUAUCUGUCUUUACUGAUGGUAUGUUGAUGAUGAAGUCUACUCUGGUAGGUGUGAUUAAGAUAGAUCCUAAGAAGCUUCUAGAAGAUGGAAUAAGGAAGGAGCUGGUUACGAGGGUAGCUAAAGCAUUCCACAAUGCGCUGGUUUUCAAUCAGAAGGGAGUGUCUAAUGAUUUGCCCCAGGUUCUCUUACGGUUAUCUUCAAAAACUGACGGUUUUAGGCGGUCAUUCGAGUACAUUCAGGAUUAUCUGAAUAUAUUUGGGCUGAAGAUGUGGCAGGAAGAGGUUAUGAGGAUUAUUAACUACAACGUGGAGCAGGAAUGCAAUACAUUCCUUCGUCA